UGUGUGUGUCCUGUGGUGAGAAUGAACAGCAGCAUAGUGGUGAGGAGAUUCAUACUAACAUCAUUCCUAAAAUACAUGGUUGCAGAGCACAUUCCCAAUAAAUGAUUCAAUAGAGAGGAAAAAUCUUCAGUAAAUCAAACCAGUGGGGAUUAUAUGACACAAAUUCAUACAGUAGCUAAAUUAGAUUUCAGUGGGGCAUGGUCCAUGGAACCAACCUACACCAGAGGCCACUGUGGGGCGACAUUACACUGGCUGUCCUGCAGUGUUGUGUUCGAGACCACCUAAAGCAAGACCGAUUCAAGACCAAGAUCGGUGCUAAUCGAGUCUGAGUCAAGACCAAGACCAAAAGGAGGGGGGGGGACCGAGUCAAGACAGAGACCAGAAAAAUGCAAGUCCAAUUCAAGACCAUGAUGGUAAUUAUGUCAAAUCGCCACCAUAAUAACAGUUAAAAAUGUCCAGUAUUUUGUGUUCAUAUUUCAGAAAAAAAUUGAUUCUUUAAAUAUUCAGAAUGGUGAAGAAAUGCAUGCUGGGGACAAUAGAGAGCCACUCUAAAAAUAACUAGUAAGAGCAACUUUCAAACAAUAUCCACCACUGUUCCCUACCAGCGACUUCAAAUCUAAUCUAAAAAUGUAUGUCUCAAGACCGGACAGUACAACACUGCUGUCCUGUCCGGUGUGUACGGUAGCCGGUAGCAAUCACAGCGAAGGGUGGCGCUAUUUCACCUAGUGACCGGGGCUGAAAUUCUUCUGUCUGAAAUGUUUUUUUGAUGACACUGCGGUGGUGGUUAGUUAGUAAGCAGCAGCAGUGCUGUGUUCAACUACUUGUGGGAACUUGGAAACUCGGACAUUUCCGACCUGCUAACUGAUUCUAGUUAUACACGUGCCGUGUUGAAGGACUCAUCAAGUCGGACAUUUCUAAGUGUCAUAGUUCCGACUGGCAUUUUAACGCGGCCUAAAGCAAGGCAGGCACCCCUCACGAGCGAUCUAUUGUGAUCAUCGGUCCGUACAACUGGUAUGUUCUCCAACUGCUUGUUUUCCACCAGGCUUCUAACUUCCAAUCCCCAAUAGUCAUGCUGGAAGCGACACCUUCGCAGAUUUAGGUGACAUUAUCGGAGAUAAUAAACAAGUACACGCAGACAACAAAGUAUUCCUCUUUUUACGGCGUGUGGAAAAGCUGCAUCCGGCCCUGAAAAGAAACUCCGGGGACGGGGACACUGGUCGGAACAACGCACAUCGUUUCUGACCUCCCCUGCCAGAGAGCUCCAUGGAGAAGAUGAAGAGGUUUAGGAGGAGGCUGUCCCAGACUCUGAGAGGGAGUCAGACCAUCGAUGAGUCUCUGUCUGAAUUGUCUGAACAGAUGACUAUAGAGGAGAACGGCAUCAAGGACAGCAGUGAGGGGACCAUGGUGCAUAACGGUCACGGGCUUCCCCCCUCGGCCCACAGUGUUCACUCCUUCCUGCACCAGUACACUAGUUCCUUCAAGAAGCCCCCUCUGCGGAGACCCCAGAGCGUCAUAGGUGGAGGAGGGCUAGGGUCUUUUAUGGCCGUUCAACGCAACGGCAGCCGCCUUGACAUUGUCCAUGAGAAUAUGAAGAUGGGUUCUGAUGGAGAGAGUGACCAGGCAUCAGGGACCAGCUCAGACGAGGUUCAGUCCCCCACAGGGGUGUGUCUGAGGAACAGGGGAAACCGACGCAUCUCUGCAGAGGACCUGAACAAGCGUCUGUCUUUACCUGCUGACAUCCGUAUUCCAGAUGGUUACCUGGAGAAACUACAGCUCACCAGCCCCUCCUUCGACCAGCCACUCAGCCGCCGCUCCCGAAGAGCAUCAUUGUCUGAAAUUGGAUUCGGCAAGCUUGAGACAUACAUCAAACUGGACAAGUUAGGAGAGGGGACGUAUGCUACAGUGUUUAAAGGAAGGAGUAAACUGACAGACAAUCUGGUGGCUCUGAAGGAGAUCAGACUGGAGCACGAGGAGGGAGCACCUUGCACUGCUAUCAGAGAGGUGUCCUUACUGAAGGACCUGAAACACGCCAACAUAGUGACGCUGCACGACAUCAUCCACACAGACAAGUCCCUGACGCUAGUCUUCGAGUACCUGGACAAGGACCUGAAGCAGUACAUGGACGACUGCGGGAACAUCCUGAGCAUGCAGAACGUCAAGAUCUUCUUGUUUCAGAUCCUGCGAGGUUUGUCCUACUGUCACAGACGGAAGGUUCUACACAGAGAUCUGAAGCCUCAGAACCUGCUCAUCAACGAACGAGGAGAACUCAAACUGGCCGACUUCGGUCUGGCCCGGGCCAAGUCAGUCCCCACUAAGACGUACUCCAAUGAGGUGGUGACACUCUGGUACCGACCUCCUGACGUCCUACUGGGAUCCUCGGAGUACUCCACACAGAUAGACAUGUGGGGUGUGGGCUGUAUAUUUUAUGAGAUGGCUGCAGGGAGGCCUCUGUUCCCUGGCUCUACUGUGGAGGACGAACUGCACCUCAUCUUCAGACUGCUGGGAACUCCCUCAGAGAACAGCUGGCCUGGCAUCUCCUCCAUGGAGGAGUUCAAGUCCUACAAGUUCCCCAAGUACAAGACACAGCCCCUCAUCAACCAUGCUCCCAGGUUGGAUAUUGAUGGCAUUGAACUGCUGCUGUCAUUUCUCAAAUACGAGUCCAAGCAGAGGAUCUCUGCAGAUGAGUCGAUGAGACAGCCCUACUUCAGGAGCCUGGGGACACACGCACACACACUGUCAGAGAGCAUAUCCAUAUUCACCCUGAAGGAGGUUCAGCUGCAGAGAGAUCCAGGCUAUAGGAACUCUAACUAUCCUGAGUCAGGCAACGGCAAGAACAGAAGGCAGAGCAUGCUCUUUUAAAGACUCCGAACGGUGCUGUGUUCAACAGAGGAUGUCCUACCUACCUGAAUAGGUUCUCUUGACGGUGGUGUGUUCAACAGAGGAUGUCCUACCUACCUGAACAUUUAUACAGACAGAGGUGGUUCAGUCCCAGAGAUGGUUGUCAACAAGGGGCCGGGGGGUGGACAACCCCUCAGCCCUCUGUGCGGCCCCCCUUUCUGCCAGGGGCCCCUAUCUACAGUACUGUUGGACCCCUGGGGGCCCAGGCCAAUGUGAAACUGGCAAAAAAAUAGAGAUGUUUAUACAUUUUAUAUUUAUUGGGGAUAAGAGAGAAUUUGCUGCUACAAAUCCAACUACUGUCUAGAAGAUUCUAACUGGCUCAGUCACUUUAAAAGAAAACAUGCAAUGUGUAUAGAUGUUUUAUUAUUUGGAAGUGGUGGCA